AAUAAAAGCACGAGGAAUAAAAAUAUAAAACUGGCACCACAUAGGAAGGGAAGAAAAAGAGAAGAAAUAAACUUGGGGGGAGGGAGAAUAGAGAAAGAAAUGGUACCGGCCAGUAGUUGAUGAUAAGUGGAUGAUUGGUGUGUUGUAAAUGAGAAAGGCAGUGGGGACCCUCUGCAAAUAUUAUUAUCAAUUCUCGUCUUGUUCCCCCUCUCUUUUCUUCUCUUCAUCACUGUUAACAUAUUCCACAAUUUGUUCCAUCAUCAGAGAGUCAGAGAGACAGGGCCUUAUCUGCUGCUGCUGCUGCCUGCACAAAGAGCCAUUUAUCACAACCAACAAUCAUCGCCAUAAUUAUUAUUGUGCAUUAACCAAAAGGGGAACCAGAGGGAGAGAGGUGAAAGAAGCCCAGACACAAUACCUGCCUGGCCUCCAUUGACAGUCUCCUCAAAACUUGCCCGAUUUGGAAGUGGAGAUCAUUUAUGGUUCGCUCUACACCACUACAAAAGGAAUAAACAGGACAGAGUUUGGAAGAAUCUUCUGUGCAGAAGAAGAGGAGUACAGUAAACAGAAGAACGGACGACUGAAUUAUUGGAGAUGCUUUUCCAACUCCAUAGAGGGAUUUUCGUUUUGGUAUGAGUGAAUCGCUGAUUUGAAGAUGAAUCACUGUGUUCCGGAUUUUGAGAUGGAAGACGACUACUCUGGUCCGACUACGUCAGGGUUUUCCAGACACAAGAAACCAGCAACAGGUGAAGAAGAGAUUAUGGAAUUACUUUGGCAAAACGGACAAGUAGUAGUUCAGAGCCAAAAUCAAAGACCACCAAAGAAGAGUACCUAUGGCAGCGAGGCGGCGAUUCACGUCGAGAAGGAGAUCCGACCAAGCGCCGACGAGCACCAACACUUGUUUAUGCAGGAGGAUGAGAUGGCGUCCUGGCUUCAGUAUCCGCUCGAUGACUCUUCCUUCGACCGAGAUUUGUAUGCCGAUCUCCUCAAUACCACUCCUCCUCCUCCUCCGGUCAGUACGGUUACGCAGCCGAGAACCGUCGGAGAGAUCCUCCCUCCGCCGCCCCAACCUUCGUCGAUCACCAAGCCAGAUAAUAGCCCACGCUUGCAGAAUUUUGUGCAUUUCUCGAGGCUUCCAAGCAGCAGAACAAGGACCGAGCCGAUGAACAAGCCAUCCGUUACAACAGCCAGAACAUCCACGGUGGUCGAAUCGAACGAGACGCCGGCGUUGGAUCCAAUGUCAAGGAUUCCUCGCAGCGCCGCCGACAGCAGGCUGAUGAUGCACGUCAACAGCGGCGCCGCCACAGCCACCACGGCGUUCGCCGGAGAUUUAGCGGCAGGUUCGCGUGACGUCACGGUGACGUCCUCCCCCGGCGGAUCUGGAGCCAGCUUCAUCGUCAGCGGUGAGAUGCGCAGACCGCAGCAGAAGCCUCCGGCGGAAGAUCGGAAACGAAAAUCGAGAGAAACCGACGAUAACGACGGCCAGAGCGAGGACAUCGAGUUUGAAGCUAAUGAGGGGAAAAAACAAGGCCGUUGCUCAACUUCGGCUAAGAGAUCUCGAGCUGCAGAAGUCCACAACUUAUCGGAGAGGAGGCGUAGAGAUAGGAUUAAUGAAAAGAUGAGAGCUCUGCAAGAACUCAUACCUCGUUGUAACAAGUCUGACAAGGCUUCUAUGUUGGAUGAAGCUAUCGAGUACUUGAAGUCGCUUCAGCUUCAAGUGCAGAUGAUGUCGAUGGGGUGUGGGAUAGUCCCGAUGAUGUACCCGGGAAUGCAGCAAUACAUGCCGAUGGGAAUGGGAAUGGGGAUGGGAUUAAGCAUGAACAUGGAGAUGGGCGGGAUGAAUAGGCCGCCGCCUAUGGUACCAUAUCCGGGAAUGUUGCCUCCCGGUUCGGCAAUGCCGCCGCCUCCCGCGGCUCCACGGUUUCCUAUGCCGCCUCCGUUCCACAUGCCGCCGCCGCCGCCUGUUGUUGAUCCCUCCCGGCCCCAACCCGACCCGCCAAGAAUGCCCAUGCCCAACUUCGUGGAUCCAUAUCAACAAUUUCUCAGUCUCCAUGCAGCACAGAAUCAAGCUGCGGGCGCUAACAAGGUUUGUAGCAGCAAAUUAGAUCCACCCAACCCUUAUAAUCAGCAAGGUGGAGGUUGAUAGAUCGAUUUUGACGGUAAACGUACAAUUGAAUUAUGAAUUGAAGCAGAUACGACGUCGUGAGGUGACAAUACAAAGAAAAAUGUCAAACGAGUAUUAUUAGGUAUUUUUGACAGGAUGCAAACUAAAGCAAGCUCUGAUUUUGUAGCUGCUACUGCUGCUGCUGCUGCUGUGUAGUGUGGUCAGCUUAAUUAAUUAUGUCAAGUUGAUCGAUAAUUCAUUACACAUGUAAUAAUAACUAUCGUGAUCUUCGACUGCACUUCACUGUCUACUUGUGUACGUACAAAUAGUGAUCCAUGAAAGUUGAGAGAUUAAUAUUAGUCAUCAAUG